AUGGUUGGUGCACCUGUCUCCUCAAACAGCAUGGAUAAUAGAUAUGCUCCACCUGCAGCGACAUACGCCACACCUGGUGCCGCGCUUUCCACUGUCCAGUCGUAUAAUCCUUCAGCACCACCAGCAGCCGUCCCUUAUUCAGCCAUGCCACAACCACAAGCCACUCCUUACAACGCUAUGCAGCAACCACAAGCUACCCCUUACCCUGCUGUUCCACCACCAGGACCUGCAGCACCCUACCCUGGUGCACCAGCAUCUCAAUACCCAGGUGGACCUGCAACUCAGUACCCCGGUGCACCUGCAGCUCAGUAUCAUGGUGCACCUGCAUCAACUUACACUAACGCACCAUCCGUCUAUCCCACAGCUCCACCUGGUGUAUCUACAUCGUCGCCUUUCUCAUCAUACCCUCCUAAUUCAAACCCAAUGGCAUCACUAGUACCAUCAUAUCCUCCAAAUUCUGGAUACCCUUCAAGCGGAUCAGGCCCUUUUCCAGGAUUAAACACAUACCCUCCAUCAACCGCCACAUAUCCACCACAAACAACAUACCCACCAUCAAACACUUCAUACCCACCAUCAAACGCCACAUACCCACCAUCAAAUGCCACAUAUCCACCAUCCAACAACACGUAUCCACCACAAACAACGUACCCGGCACCACAAGGUUAUCCGCCACAACAAACAUCAGGAUCAGCAGGGGUGUACCCACCACCUCCUAAUAUGGGAGUGUAUCCACCACCACCGUACUAA